CGUGGCGUCCAGUCCCAGGCUCCCUCGGUCUCGAGCGGCUGCGAAGAGUCCGCCAUCAUAGAAAAUUUGUAAACUUCUGCACAGAAUCCGUAAGAAUCCGGGGCCAUCCUGUAUUUCUUCGGAAUUCUUUUGCAUACUAUGAUGUCAAGACACUAUGUGGGUUUAUCCUUGCUUUUUAUUUUGGCUCUACAAGGAUCUAUAGCGGACGAGCACGAUCAUAUAUAUAAAGAUGCAGAAGAAGUUGUAUUAUGGAUGAAUACUGUUGGCCCUUACCAUAACCGACAAGAGACAUAUAACUACUACUCCUUGCCGUUCUGCCGUGGAGAGAAAAGAACUAUUAGUCACUACCAUGAGACGCUGGGAGAGAACAUACAGGGAGUAGAACUGGAGUUUAGUGGACUGGAAAUUUCUUUUAAAGUUAAUGUUCCGCCAACCAAAUAUUGCGAGCUUAGCCUGACGCAAGAGAACUAUGAGGCCUUGGUAUACGCUGUGCGCAACCACUACUGGUAUCAGAUGUACAUUGAUGAUCUCCCACUGUGGGGUAUUGUCGGGGAUAUUGGUGAGACUGGAGAAGAAUACUACAUUUGGACACAUAAGAAAAUAGAAAUAGGUCACAGUGCCACCCAGAUUGUGGAUGUAAACCUAACCAGCGAAUCUAAAGUGAAACUCUCACCUAACGCCAAGAUUGUGUUCACAUAUGAGGUUAAGUGGAAGGAUUCUGCUGUUCCAUUUGAGAAGCGAUACGAAAAGUAUCUUGAUCCCAGCUUUUUCCAACACAGAAUCCACUGGUUCUCCAUCUUCAACUCGUUCAUGAUGGUCAUCUUCCUGGUCGGCCUGGUCAGCAUGAUACUCAUGAGAACCUUGAGGAAGGACUAUGCCCGCUACAGCAAGGAUGACGAAUUGGAUGACAUGGAACGUGACCUUGGUGAUGAGUAUGGCUGGAAGCAGGUUCAUGGUGAUGUGUUCCGCCCAGCCUCACAUCGGUUGCUGUUCUGCAGUCUUAUCGGCACUGGCUACCAUCUGGCCUUAGUUGCAUGUGUGGUCAUACUAUUUACAAUCAUGGGAGAUCUGUAUACCGGCCGAGGGUCUAUUCUCAGUGCCACCAUUUUUGUAUAUGCUGCAUGUGCCCCAGCCAAUGGCUUCUUUGGUGGUGCUCUCUAUUCCAGACAAGGAGGGAGGAUGUGGAUACGUCAGAUGGUUGUUGGUGCUGUACUUUUCCCAAGUCUUGUCUGUGGCAUGGCUUUUCUUAUCAACUUCAUCGCUAUUUACUACCAUGCAUCUCGAGCCAUUCCAUUUGGCACUAUGGUUGCUGUAGCCUGCAUCGUCAUAUUUGUAAUUCUCCCCCUUAACCUUGUCGGUACUGUCCUGGGGAGGAACUUGUCUGGGACCCCAAAUGCACCAUGCCGUGUCAACACAGUGCCAAGACCAAUACCAGAGAAAAAAUGGUUUAUGGAGCCUGCUGUGAUCGUUUGCCUUGGCGGGGUGCUGCCGUUUGGCUCCAUAUUUAUUGAGAUGUACUUCAUCUUCACAUCCUUCUGGGCGUACAAGAUCUACUAUGUGUUUGGAUUCAUGCUUCUUGUCUUCUUCAUCCUCAUCACUGUCACAAUCUGCGUCACUAUCGUCUGUACAUACUUCUUGCUAAAUGCAGAAGACUAUAGAUGGCAAUGGACAUCAUUCCUAUCGGCUGCUUCCACUGCUGGCUAUGUAUACAUGUACUCGUUCUACUAUUACUUCUUCAAAACAAAGAUGUAUGGAUUGUUCCAGACCACUUUCUAUUUUGGUUACAUGGGUCUUUUUAGUAUUGGACUUGGAAUUUUAUGUGGUACGCUUGGCUAUGCAGGGUCUAGCAUUUUUGUCAGAAAGAUCUACUCGACAGUGAAAAUCGAUUAAAGAUGCAAGUUCAAAUUAUGAUUGCUGUGCCGGCGGAACAAUACUUACCAUGUAGAGGCCUCCUAGGAUCUUACAGUUACAUCUGCGCAACAAAGAACAUAUUUAUUGGACAGUGGUCUUGUACAAAGUCUGUGUACCCACGAGAUAGGGUACCCAAGACGAGAUGGAGCUCAAUGCGGAGAACAGUAGUGUAUUGUCGAGAGGAAAAAGGCAGGAAGUCAUGAGAUGCACGCACGGGCAGCGUCGCUUUAUCAUGCAUAAUGGGGGAAAUUUUUAUUCAUUUUGUUGUCCCUUUGUUUUGUUGAAAUGUAGGUAAUAGUUUUGGGGCUUGAAACUACGUAGAUAUGUACAUUUUGGUUUUCACAUCAAGUUCAGAGACUCUCGAGUGUUGGUGCAAGCAUUACAUGCAGGGUUUUGUUAUCUUUCAUAGCCUGCAUAUAACGAGACAAUGAGCACGGUCAAUAUGGGGCGCUGCGUUCUAUUUUGGCAGUGUUUUCUUCAUAGAGUAACACAUCUAAAAUAUGAUGUUCCAUCUGCCUGGUUGAACUUUUGGUUUAAUGAUUUUCUUUCAAUAGACAUUUCAAUUUUAUUACCCCACCAAAUGGCCUUUUUAGAAUGUUAACAGAAUAUAUACUGUACCGCACAAUAGUGUUUACAAAGCACCCGUUAUAGACAGGCUGUGAGAUACUGUCUUUACCAGAACAGCGUUAGUAAAUGAAACCAUGCGAGUAAGGAAUGUAUUCCAGACUAUAAAAAUAACGUGCCCAUCCCACUCAAAGAUAACUAAUAUAACAACGGACUGACGUCUAUAAAAGUACUCCUGGAUUUAUUACCCCUGGAUUUAUUACUUCAAAGAAAGUUAAGACUUGUCCAUCAUUGUGACUAUUUUUAUUGUAAUAGUGAAAAUUGUACAGCUUGAGAAGUGCAAGCACUCGUAAGGAUUCUAAAGCAAUGAACUGAUAUUGUAAAAAAUAAUUAAUAAAAAAGAAUGCCAUAGUUA